AUGGAGUCAACAUCUUCCUUCCUCUACUACACUCCCGACACUACCUCCCAGACCAAGCAGCACGGUCACUUCCUCCCGCAUCCUAAUGGUCGUUCUUCAACACACCCAGUUCAAAGUGACCAGAGCUCAAAUAUGCCUUAUCCUUCAGCAUUAGUUUACUCACGACCAUCAUCCUCACACUUGAAGCCACCUACCAUGAUCACUCACAUGCCUGGAACUCUCUCACCCGAAUCGCUACAAAAGAACACCGGUCUUCUUACACCUUCUUCACCGACCAUGAUGGGUAUGGAUGGCCCAGCUGGAGGUGAUUUGUACUUCUUUCCUUCGACACCCACUCUUUCAAGCAGCUCCAUCAGCACCUCACCGAUGAGCACCACAAUGACAACACCUAUUAUCACCUCGUGGUCGCUGGAUGACUGCUCCGGCACUGUAACUCCGUCAGAGAUUUGGGAAAACAGCCCACCAAUGACACCAGCAUACAUCUACACACCAAACCUUCUUCCAGCCUGCAGCCCUUCAGUACUCGUCUCAGCUUGCCCUUCGCUUUCACCAGCUUCGGACUGCUCUUCUCAGUCAGAACUUGACUUCUGUGAUCCCCGUAAGCUCACUUACCCAUCACCUAACCCAUCUGCAUCGGAUAAGGACCUUGACCUUGCCACACUACCAACAAUCUGUGGUGAUGACGAUGAGCACAACUUCAUGCUCAGUGGCACUGAGAGCCACAUGGGUGUUAAGAAUGAGGAUAAGGAUUUCAGCCGUAGCUUCUUCGGUCUCGACGAUCUGUCUGACUUUGACUCUGACGAUGGUCUUGUCUCUGGUAUCAUGAGCCUUUCUGAGGGAACCAUCAACCCAGCUGCUUUGCUUGGAAACGGUAGCAACAAGCGUGACCGUGAUUGCUUUGACGAGGAGGAGGAUUCCACAUGGGGUGUAGAGGAUGUCGACCUUAGCGAUGACGAGGAGAGCUUCGACAGUGAUGUUGCUACUCUCUUUGCACCAUUGAGCCCGCCCCCAUCAGACUCAUCCAGAGACAGCUCUGUCGCUCCUUCCAAGAAGCGAAAGAUGCAGAGGAAGAUGAUCAAGGUCGAGUCAUAUGACUCAGAGGCCGAGCUUGACGAUAUCGUCCUCAGUGCUCGCAACAUGCAGUACAACGAUGAUUGCGAUCUUCUUGCACCUCUCUGCGGUGGACGCAUCGAGACUUCAAUCACCCCCGCGCCCACCGAACUCUCAUUCUGUGACUCUUCAGACUCCCAGUGCGAUGCUGCCCCAGCCCCAGUCGUCCGCCGCGGACGCAAGCAGUCGUUGACUGAGGAUCCCUCAAAGACCUUUGUCUGCCAUCUUUGCUCCCGACGCUUCCGCCGCCAGGAGCACCUCAAGCGCCACUUCCGCUCGCUCCACACCAAGGAUAAGCCAUUCUCUUGUGGUGAGUGUGGUAAGAAGUUCUCCAGGUCUGACAACCUCAGCCAGCACGCGCGAACUCACGGUAGCACAACCAUCCACAUGGCUCUCAUUGACGGUGAGAUGAUGGGUGAAGAUGAUUCCGAUAGCAUGCUCGGGGAGCAGGGUGGCCCUUUAGGCAUCGUGCUUGUUGAUGCUGCUCAGGCUUCAUCAGGGAUCAAAGACAAGAUGUCCUCCUCUUCAUCGACUUCUUCAGAGUCAAAGAAGAGCCGAAGAAAGAGGAGACGAGACGAGUAA